GGGCCUGGCUCAGCUCAGAGAGGAAGCCCUGUCAGAAGUGGGGCCAGCCUAGGCUGUCACUCUUCAUUCAGUACAGCGUCUGAUCACAUCUUCUGUCACUCAAAGCCUGACGGGGCGGGGAUUUAAGCAAUAUCCAACCAGGGAAGCUGCGCUGGAAAUCGUCCAAUCAGGCAUGCAGCUGGAGCGGACGGGACGGCUUCCGGGUUUGGCGGGGCCUUUGUCUCUUGCUGUAGCCGGAGCUCCAGGUUUCGUCCUCGCUGCUCUGUGUCUUCUGCUCCUGGAGGCCCAUCCUCUGUGGCCCUGUGACCUGCAGAUAUUGGGAGAUCCACCGCUAAGACGCCAGGACCCCCUGGAAGCCUAGAAAUGGAUGACCUGAGAUAUGGCAUGUGUCCUUUCAAGGGAGCAAGUGGAUGCCCUGGGGCUGAGAGGAAUCUUCUGGUGCACUCUUAUUUUGAAAAGGGGCCAUUGACAUUUAGGGAUGUGGCCAUAGAAUUCUCUCUGGAGGAGUGGCAAUGCCUGGACACUGCUCAGCAGGGUUUGUAUAGGAAAGUGAUGUUAGAGAACUACAGAAACCUGGUCUUCUUGGGUAUUGCUGUCACUAAGCCAGACCUGAUCACCUGUCUGGAGCAACGAAAGGAGCCCUGGAAUAUAAAGAGACAUGAGAUGGUAGCCAAACCCUCAGUUAUAUGUUCUCAUUUUGCCCAAGACCUUUGGCCAGAGCGGGACAUUAAAGAUUCUUUUCAAGAAUCGAUACUGAAAAAAUAUAGAAAUUAUGAACAUGACAAUUUACAGUUACAAAAAGGCUGUAAAAGUGUGGAUGAGUGUGAGGUGCACAAAGAAGAUAACAAAUUAAACCAGUGUUUGAUAACUACCCAGAGAAACAUAUUUCAAUGCGACCCAUAUGCAGAAGUCUUUCAUACAUUUUCAAAUUCAAACAGACAUAAGACAAGACAACCUGGAAAGAAACCUUUCAAAUGUAAAAAAUGUGAGAAAUCAUUUUGCAUGCUCUUACACCUAAGUCAACAUAAAAGAUUUCAUAUUACAGAGAAUUCCUACCAAUGUAAAGAUUGUGGCAAAGCCUUCAACUGGUUCUCAACCCUUACUACACACAGGAGAAUUCAUACCGGAGAGAAACCCUACAAAUGUGAAGAAUGUGGGAAAGCAUUUAACCGGUCCUCACACCUUACUACACAUAAGAUAAUUCAUACUGGAGAGAAACCAUACAGAUGUGAAGAAUGUGGCAAAGCCUUUAACCGGUCUUCACACCUCACUACACAUAAAAGAAUUCAUACUGGAGUGAAACCCUACAAAUGUACAGAAUGUGGCAAAGCUUUUAACCGGUCCUCACACCUUACUACACACAGGAUAAUUCAUACUGGAGAGAAACCCUACAAAUGUGAAGAAUGUGGCAAAGCUUUUAACCAAUCCUCAACCCUAACUACACAUAAGAUAACUCAUGCUAGAGAGAAACCCUACAAAUGUGAAGAAUGUGGCAAAGCUUUUUACCGAUUCUCAUACCUUACUACACAUAAGAUAAGUCAUACUGGAGAGAAAUUCUACAAAUGUGAAGAAUGUGGCAAAGGCUUUAACUGGUCCUCAGCCCUCACUAAACAUAAGAGAAUUCAUACUGGAGAGAAACCCUAUAAAUGUGAAGAGUGUGGCAAAGCCUUUAAUGAGUCCUCAAACCUUACUACGCAUAAGAUGAUUCAUACUGGAGAGAAACCCUACAAAUGUGAAGAAUGUGGCAAAGCUUUUAACCGGUCCUCACAACUAACUGUACAUAAGAUGAUUCACACUGGAGAGAAACCUUACAAAUGUGAAGAAUGUGGCAAAGCCUUUAACCGGUGCUCACAACUAACUGCACAUAAGAUGAUUCAUACUGGAGAGAAGCCCUACAAAUGUGAGGAAUGUGGCAAAGCUUUUAACCGAUCCUCAAACCUUAGUAAACAUAAGAUGACUCAUACUGGAGAGAGAUCUUACAGAUGGGAAGAAUGUGGUAAAGCCUUUAACCAGUCCCUGAGCCUUAUUAACAAAAUAACUCAUACUGGAGAGAAACCCUACAAAUGUGAAGAAUGUGGCAAAGGCUUUAGUCCUAAACUCUUACUAAACAUAAAAAAAUUCAUACUGGAGUGUGAAGAACAUGGCAAAGCCUUUAAUAAGUUCUCAAUUCCUAAUAGAUGUAAGAUAAUUCAUACUAGAGAUAAUUCAUACUAGAGAGAAAUUCUACAAACCAGAAAGAUGUGACAGUACUUUGAAAACACCUCAAACUUUUCUAAACAUAAAGGAAAUCACAGUGGUGAGAAAUCCUAGAAAUGUGAAGAAUUUGAUAAAGCUUUUAAAUGGUUGUCACACUUGAUUGUAGGUAAGAUAAUUUAUACUGGAGAAAACUUCUACACGUGUGAACAACGUGGCAAAACUUUUAACCAAUGCUCACACCUUACUGCAUAGGAAAGCAUUUAUACUUGAGAAAGAUUGUACAAAUAUAAAGACUGUGAAAAAGCCAUUAAUACAUGCUCACAUCUUACUCAACAUCAGAGAGUUCCUACUUAAUAAAAACAUUAUAAGGCCAACUACUGUCAAAAUAUCUUUAAGAAAAUAUAAGCCUUGGCCGGGCGCGGUGGCUCAAGCCUGUAAUCCCAGCACUUUGGGAGGCCGAGACGGGCGGAUCACGAGGUCAGGAGA